AUGAGUACUAAAAUUUUCUCCGAUAAAUACGAAUCUAAAGGUUCAAAUAUGUUGCGGGGAAUUAGAAUUUGGAAUUCCAAAGGCUUCACUCUGGAGCCCUAUAUCACAUCACUUCAACUGGUCAGCAAUUAUACCUCAACAAAACCAGCACCAAACUCACAAAAUUUACCACAACUUCCUGUACCUAAACUUGAAGAUACCGUAAAUAAGUAUUUAAAAACUGUACGACCUUUCCUUAAUGAGAAUGAGUUUUCCAAUACUUCUAAACUUAUGAAUAACUUUGCUUCUGAGGGUGGUAUUGGCCGGAAGCUACAGAGUUUGUUAGAAAAUAGAGCUAGUAAGCACACAAAUUGGCUUGAAGAAUGGUGGUUAAACACAGCUUAUUUGGAAUACCGUGAUCCGGUAGUUGUAUUCUCGAGUCCCGGCUUAGUUUUCCCAUUACGAAAAUUUAAUAAUCAAACUGAACAAUUGGAAUAUGCUGCGAAAACGUUGCUCGCAGCUGUCAACUAUAAAUCCCUAAUUGAUAACGAUAAAAUACCCUUAGAAAUGAUGGGGAAGAGUCCAUUGGAUAUGUCGCAGUAUAAGAAAAUAUUUGGUACUUGUCGCAUACCACAGCCUAAGAGAGAUAAGCUGUCUUUCAAUGAUAGCAAAUAUGUUACUGUUAUUCAUAAUAAUCACCUGUUUCACUUAGACCUCUGGGGCAGUGACGAUAAAAGAUUAAGUUGUGAUCAAAUAGUUCAAGGACUGAAGAAAAUUGUUGCCUCAUCGGCGUCUUCCGCUAAAGAUGCAGUUGGGAUCCUUACCUCGGAAAAUAGAGAUAAUUGGGCCAAGGCUUAUGAGCUUUUAAGUAAAGAUGAAAACAACCGCCGUAGUCUAGCAGACGUAGAGCGUAGCAUUGCAGUGUUAUGCCUGGAUAAUGCUAGUGGCGUGUGGAAGGCUGAUGAAAGCGCUAGACGCUCUUUGGCGGGCGCUCAUACGAUACACGGCGCCGGCGCAUCCGCUAAUGGUGGGAACCGGUGGUUCGAUAAAACUGUACAGUUCAUAGUUGGUGCUGAUGGUAUAACAGGCCUGACAUACGAACAUUCCCCAGCAGAAGGACAACCAAUUGCUGUAUUGACUGAUUUUAUUAUUAAUUAUAUUGAUAAGAACACUGAGAGUGAUGAGUCAUCAUCGUCGCCAAUAGAGCCCGUACAACUAAAGUUCAAUGUUAACAGUGAUGUAUCAAAGAUGAUAGACGAAGCCAAAAAUAAUUUGAACAAGUUAGUAGCAGAUCUAGAAUUGAACUGUUUCAAGUUCGACAAAUAUGGAAAGAACUUUAUAAAGACACAGAAACUCAGCCCGGACAGUUAUUUGCAAAUGGCAAUGCAGUAUGCAUUUUACAGACUACACAAAACGCCCGGCGCUCACUACGAGUCAGCGGCGACUCGAAUGUACGCGGGGGGGCGUACUGAGACCAUUCGUUCGUGUUCUAUCGAGUCCAUAGAGUUCGCUAAGACUAUGUUAAACCCACAAGCUACUCCGAAGGAUAAACUAAAUGCUCUAAAGAAUGCUGUUAACGCGCACAAAAAUUAUACUGUUAUGGCGCUACAAGGUCUCGGAGUGGACAGACAUCUCUUAGGCCUUAAAUUGACGGCUUUGGAGCAUGGUAUAGAGCUACCACCGAUUUACGCAGACCUGGGAUAUACUCGGAGUGCACAUAUGAGGAUAUCGACAAGUCAGGUCGCCUGCAAAUGCGAUGGUUUCAUGUGUUACGGACCGUUGGUGAGUGAUGGUUACGCCACGUGCUAUAAUCCGCGUGAUUCCGAUGUUAAUUUCGCUACUUCCGCGUUCCGAAGACAUCCCGAUACAUCCUGUGACGCAUAUCGUAGUGCUCUAGAAAACUCAUUGCAGGAUAUGCAUGAUAUUCUCGUGCAAAACACGCAAUCAAAACUGUAA